AUGGCGAUCUGUACUUAUAACGCAUGUACGCUUGCAUCGGAAGCGGCCAUCGAAGAUCUGCUGAUGCAAGCCAAGAAGAUCAAGUACGACGUCAUCGGACUGACCGAGACGAGACGACGUCACCCUCUCAACGCCGUAUAUGAAACUGGAGAAGAACUAUUCUUAGGAACAUGCGACAGUAGAGGUGUUGGUGGAGUUGAGGUCCUCGUCAACACGAGUAUGGCAAAGAGCAUCGACUCUUUUGAACAACUUAAGACCCGAAUCGGACGUCUGCGGAUGAGAAGAUGUGGCCCAACACCAGCUUUGACUAUUUUCGUCGCUUGCGCUCCAACAUCAAGCUACGAAGAAGAAGUGGAAGCUUUCUAUAUGGACCUGGAGAAGAUCUACCGAGAAGACCAUGCUUUUUACAAGGUCAUAAUUGGCGAUUUCAACGCCAAGUUUGGCCCAAGAAGAACGCCGGAGGAACUUCACAUCGGGACCCACAGCCUACAAUGGAAUGACCAGGGGGAGAGGCUCUCCGAGUUCAUCAUGAUGAUUAAGACCAUCCAUGGGAACUCGCAAUUCCAGAAGCCCUCCUCUCUACGCUGGACGUGGGAGUCACCCGGUGGAGGGUACCGUAAUGAAAUAGACCACAUCAUCGUCAAUAAAAGAGAGAGAAAUCCCAGGACUACCAUCAACUGGGAUCUCUUCGCUACGCUAGCCGGCUUUUGGGAAGAUUCCGCAUUGGACAACAUCGACGAGGAAUAUGACCGGCUUGUUGAACACCUUCACGACUGCGCGAAGAAGGCUGAGAGUUUUAAAACCACCAAGAGGCGCCUGUCUCUUCAAACUCUUGAGCUGAUACGCCAGCGUGGAGCAGCACGAGCCGCAGGGAACCAAGAACUCACGUUCGAGCUCGCAAGGCUUUGCAGAGAGGCGAUAAAGGAAGACCUUAAAGAGAGAAGAGCAGAAGUGCUGGCUGAAGCUGCAGAGGCGGGGAAAAGCAUCCGCUAUGCCCGUCGAGACUUCGCCAGUCGCAAGACGAGGAUGACUGCUCUCUGGAACCCAAAGGGAACAGCCAUUGCAUCGAGAAGGGGGAUGGAGAAAAUCAUCUACGACUUCUACGUACGGUGGUGUUGA